UUCCGGCAUACUCCACCGGACGGUCGUUUCUUACUGGGGUUAGGUUCACACGGAGUGGUUAGCUGCUUCAUACUGUCUUGUCACAAUUAAGAAUAUAGGCUGACAUAUUUAAUAUUUGAUCUUAAACGAAAUAUUUUAGAAAAGCAAGAGGAUUAUGUGUACCAGCUGCGUCCAGAAAGAGUAUCCAGAUCGGGGGAACACCUGUCUGGAGAAUGGCUCCUACCUUAUUAACUACGUGGGCUGUGCCAAGUGCCAUCAGAGGGACUUUGUGUUGAUCAGCAACAAAUCCACAGAAGAUGAGGAUGGAGAAGAGAUAGUCACUUACGACCAUGUGUGCAAAAAUUGCGAUCAUACCAUAGCAAGACAUGAGUACACCUUCUCUGUGGUGGAUGACUAUCAGGAGUACACCAUGUUGUGUCUGCUUUGUGGGAAAGCUGAGGACUCCAUCAGUGUUCUGCCCGACGAUCCCAGACAAACGGCUCCUCUCUUUUAGGUCACCGACCAUUCCAGCAAAUUCACAUAUGUAUUAUGGCAUUUUCAGGCUGCUCACAUUUGGAGAUCUCUCGUAAACAAUUACAAAUGAACCCUGUCCCAUAUUGACAGCUGUGGCAUUUUUUCCAAGCUAAGAAGUUUUUUUCAAACAAACUCAAACAAAUUUACCAAAUUUGAUUCAUGAAACAAAAUUCUCCUGGAAUAUGAGUGAUUUGGAAUAUGACUGGUCUGAAUAUACCCUAAGAUACUGAACAAAACCCUUCUCACUGCUCGACAAUAUAGAGCAGGCUUCCAGAGUUUUUGUAACUGAAUGUUUCUUUAAAAAUAUAGAUUUGUUAUUUUAAAAAUGUGUACGUUUAUUGUUUCAUAGAAAGAAAUAUAAACUAUGGAAUUAUUUGGCAACACUUCUGUUGUAUAGUAUUCAUGCACAACAGAUUCUCUAAUGCAGGGCAGUUUUUGGCCUGAUGCACUGUAUUCUUUGGAACAAAUACAGUAAGGUAGUGCUGCGCAUUAGUUUGUGGGACUGAUAGACUUUACUGUAUAUAGUACUUACAUUUCUUAUUGAAAUUUAAAGAUGUUAAGAGAGGAAGAUGAAUAAAUCGGACCUCUGCAGGGCUGACCACGUUAAAUCUGUAACCUAUACAUAUAUUGAUAUUUUGACUGAUGCAAUCAAGUGCAGCAGUAAUGUUUCACCACAGAUAGAGUUGUUUGUCUUAUCCCUUAUGGUAGCUGUAGAAAUCAUGCAGAAUAUAGAAAUGACCUUAUAGCACUAUAAUGGAUCAUCUCAUAAUGUCACAGCAAUUGGAAAUACUGGCCUAGACUUCUGAAACAGGUCAAACAUAGAUAUGCCUGAUGGAUAGAUCAGUUUUAUGAAUAACUAAACAGUUAGGCCAUGUUGGCUGUAUUGAAUAAACAACAGCAGACAAUGUUCAAUGCUAUUUGUUGGCUCGCUAAUUGCAGUGUAGCUAGUCAUAAUAUAGGUUGUUAAAAAGAGAAUGAGCAUGUAAUUAUUAGUGAAACCCUGGCUGGUAAACCCCCUGGCUAGCUUCUUUCCGGCAAGAACCACUGAAUAGACUAAGCAUGCAAGCUAAUGAGGAAGCCCCUUGUCAGUAGACAUAUUAUUACCAAAACCUACUGUAGUUGACAAAAUAAAAUUUGAAAAACCACUGGAUGAGCUAGUUAGCGAUGAUAAAUAUCUGGUGAGCUGACUUUAUAACCAGCAAUGUUUCUUAUAAAUUAUGUAUGUAUCUUUCAAUAAAAUUGCUGUAACCUGUA